GGAGGAACACCCCGAGGCUUCAGUCAGCUCUGACUCUAUGCAGCACUUCUAAAUGAGUUCCUUAUUGCCAUCCGAAAAUCAGCCAUUGUUCAGUGUUUGUCAGUUUCUCCGACAGAGGGAGAUUGAGGUGAGGAAAACAAGAGAAAGAGAGAGAGAGAGAGAGAGACAGAGGGAGGGGGAAAAGAAAAAGAAAAGGACUUCUGAGACAGAGUAAGAAACGUACGUCUCAUUUUCUUCCGUCUAGACAUUUUGUGUCUUGUCAAAAAAAAUUUGCUGUUUAUUUUAAAAUCACAUGACCCAGGCUGCAUUUAUGAUUCACAGAGCCUAAUUAUUUCUCACCGAGAGCCACAGGGAGUGUGUGCCUGUGGAAAGAGAGGGAGGAAGAAACGAAAGGGAAGGAGGGAGGGAGAGGGAAGGAAAGAAAGAAAGAGAGAAAGAAAGCAUGAGAGAGACAGAAUUGAGUUGGUGAGUCGGUUUGUGCUCUGCUUCUGCAAGCUAAAGAGACUCGGACAGACGAAGGAGCGCACUCGCUUCCUCUCCUCACGCACUCUUGUCUCCUCCUUCAUCCUGGGAGAAGCUGGGAAAGUUUCUACAACGGCUGGAGCUGCGCACAAGUGGAUCCUCCGAGUUUGAGUAACUGCAGCACUGAGUACGCCAGGUGAAGUAACCCUCCAUCACCCUGGCAGCUUGGCCGGGAUCACAGGGCCAGCCAAUCAGAGCCUCGGCCUGCCGUGUCGCCAUGGCCACCAAUCGUAGUCACAUGCCCGGCUUCCCACCCGCUGUCUACCCAUUUGCCUUCAACUCCAUGCGAAGCCACUCCCCCUUUGACCUGAUGGCCAAUGGCAGUCUGUUUGGCCGCUUCGGGGCGGACCUUCCGAAAGAGAUGGCGGCCUUGUCUGUGGAGACUCAGAGCACCAGUUCCGAGGAGAUGGUACCCAGUUCACCCUCUCCACCCCCACCACCUCGUGUCUACAAGCCAUGCUUCGUUUGCCAGGAUAAAUCUUCGGGCUACCACUAUGGCGUCAGCUCCUGUGAGGGAUGCAAGGGAUUCUUUCGGCGCAGCAUCCAGAAGAACAUGGUGUACACCUGUCACCGCGACAAGAACUGCCAGAUCAACAAGGUCACACGGAACCGCUGCCAGUACUGCCGCCUGCAGAAGUGCUUUGAGGUCGGCAUGUCCAAGGAAGCUGUACGGAAUGACCGAAAUAAAAAAAAGAAGGACGUAAAGGAAGAAGUCCUGCCAGUUGAGAGCUACGAGCUGAGUGGUGAACUGGAAGAAUUGGUGAACAAAGUUAGCAAAGCACACCAAGAGACCUGCCCUUCAUUGUGCCAGCUGGGAAAAUACACCACAAACUCCAGCUCAGACCACCGCGUUCAGCUGGAUCUUGGAUUGUGGGAUAAGUUCAGCGAACUCUCCACCAAGUGCAUUAUCAAGAUCGUGGAGUUUGCCAAGCGUCUUCCUGGUUUCACAUCCCUAACCAUUGCUGACCAGAUCACCUUGCUCAAAUCAGCCUGCCUGGACAUUCUGAUGCUGCGGAUCUGCACACGAUACACACCGGAGCAGGAUACAAUGACGUUCUCGGAUGGACUCACUCUAAACCGCACUCAGAUGCACAAUGCAGGCUUCGGUCCACUAACUGACCUGGUCUUUGCUUUUGCUGGGCAACUUUUACCGCUGGAGAUGGACGACACUGAAACAGGCCUCCUCAGUGCCAUCUGUCUUAUCUGUGGAGACCGUAUGGACCUAGAAGAGCCACAGCGUGUAGAUCGUCUACAGGAGCCCUUGCUAGAGGCACUGAAAAUCUACGCCCGCCGCCGGCGGCCCAACAAACCCCACAUGUUCCCACGGAUGCUAAUGAAAAUUACAGAUCUGCGUGGAAUCAGCACCAAAGGAGCAGAAAGGGCGGUCACGCUGAAGAUGGAGAUCCCAGGCCCCAUGCCACCCCUGAUCCGGGAAAUGCUGGAGAAUCCUGAGGCGUUUGAAGAGCAGCCGGAAUGCAGCGAGAGCAAAGAUGAGGCAACUCCUCCUCCUCCACCACCACCUCCUCCCAAAGUUCCACCAUUCACUAUGAAAACAGAGCGUGAGGAUGAGGAGGAGAGCUGGGCCACCGAGAACGGAAGUGAGCCAUCACCAGAGGAAGAGGACGAUGAAGACGAAGACCCCGAAGAGGACAGGGGAACGGACAGUGAUGGAGAGCCCUGGUCUGGUCAGGAAGCUAAUGUAGACAUGUCCAGAAAGAGCCAUGGCGGAAGAGCCCAAUGAGCAGGCUUUUUCUCUGUAAACACACACCCACACCUCAUACCGACAACUUUACCCCUCUAUCCCCCUGGUUACCCAGCUCUCAAAGCAAUCUGCCCUUGUAGGGGUUGAACACAGAGCCUUAUAUUCAUACAGCCAACCCUAACUCAGGCCUCUUGGUCAGCAAUGAGACACACAUGCACAAUGCGUGAACACUUUGAGAUAGACGGCUCUUCUCAGGAACUCUGCAACAAGGGCAAGAGGGAAGACGCGAGACAAAACAAAUGACAGUUACUUUUUUUUAUACUAUCAUGUUUGUAUUAAAGAUAAAGGAGCAGCCAUACUAAAAGACACAACAUAAACAGUCAACAGUCAAUGGGUUCAAUAACAAAAAAAAAACUGCAAAGUGAAACCAACAAACCAAUCAACGAAAAUAUCAGAUAACUCUUUGGAUGCAUUUGAAUAUCGUUUUAACUUUUUUUCCCAGCCUCUUUACUUUUAAUGAAUAUGCCCAUACAUAUCUAUAUACCUUUUAUAUUUUUGUCUUUGUAUACUAUUUCAUCAGUUAUACCUUGUUUGGAUAGCUUUCCAAAGGAGAGACUGAGAUGAUGUAUGAAUUAUAACUGGCAGACAUCUACCGAGUCUCUACCCAGAAAUCCUGGCUGGGUUCUCAAGCACUUGGCUCAUUGUAGAUGUCUGAUGCUAAUCAGUUCACUAGGUCAUCUCAUCCUUGCUAGUUGAUCAAUGUUUAAAAUACUGGGAUUUGAUGACGAGCUCUGAUUGCUUAAGCUGCAGUACCUUCCUGCCAACUGAAUUGUGUUUUUGUGCCAAAGCAUGCAGUUUCUAAUGUGGCGAAGAGUUUGUCAGCUGUCAGCGAUCCCCUCUAAUGCCAAACUCUAAACUCUUAUCUCUGGUUAAUACAUAAACCAGGCUCUAUAUGCUACACGUUCAGAACGUUCACCUCUUUCCGUGACAUGGAUUCCAGAAGAACGCUUCUCUGUGAUUUUUUCAUACACACAUGAAAAUGCUCACACCCAAUGUAACUCGCGUUAUCCCCACAUAUCGAAAGCACAUCCAGCAUGCCGACAGAACUCUUUUCUAUGUAUCGAAAAUAAAACGAAAACUCCAACUCAGGGCAUUUCGGUGAGGACCAAACGCUAGCUGCCUGCAGGCAUGCUGCACAAAACAGCAAUAUUUAUGUGUGUAGUGUUGAAUAUGUUUGCUCAGUUUCAAUGUCCUACUUAGAAGCGAUGACAUCUACAGACCUUAGUAAAGCCAUUGUAAAACUUUUAUAUGCGCUUUUAUUAUAGAAAUGAUGGUCUUUUUUUUGUUUUUUUUGUAAUAUACUGCCAAAAAAAAAAAAACAGCAUGCAAUUAGGUGACCGUGUUUAAUGUGCCACUUUUUUACAGUUAUGCAAUACAGAAACCAGUUGUAUGUUUGUCUCUGGGAUUGUGAGUUCUGAUGAGCAUAGUUCUGGAAUGAUGAAUGUCAUUUGUGAGGUGCUAAAACAUGAGAAUGUGAACUUGCACCCACUCUUCUUACACACACACACACACACACACACACACACACACACACACACACGACCAUUUUAAGCCUGUUUUUUGUGCACACUCAUCUCAGUCUUGUUUGUUCAAAAACAUAUGCUUUCACACAAAUACAUACACACACACACACACACACACACACACACCUUUCCUGGCACCUUGUGGAGUGUAGCACCUCCUGUAACACAUUGCAAUGUUGCAAACCAAAUGUUGACAUUACGUUGUCUGUUUAUUUGCUCAUUUUCCACGUCCUCGGUUUGUCUGAGGCUGUUACUCGAUUCCCUGUUCAUGUUCAAGCAACUCUGUUAUAUAAAGAAAAGCCAUAUAAACAUUCAGAGGCAAUAAAUGACUGAUUGCAA